AUGGAGCUCAAUCAACUUCCUCUUGUGUUCUUGCUGAUUUCAAACAUCUACUCUCAACAUACUGAAGAAACACCAAAACCCACAGUGACCAUCAAACCUGCUCAACAUGUAUUCAGAGGAGAGAGAGUCACUCUCAGAUGUGACAUAUAUGCUGAAGGAGUCUCUAGCUGGCAGUACAGCUGGCAUAAAGAUGUUUUAGGCAAUGUUUUCAGUGAUCAACAGGAACACACAUUCAGUUCUGUUACUGAGUCUGACGCAGGUAAAUACUCCUGUUAUGGAGUAGAGAGAGAAGGACCACGAACAUCACACCUAAGUGAUGAAGUUACACUGACAGUAUCAGGUGAGUUUGAUCAUCUCUUCACAUACACACACAAGUUUAUCAUGUUAUUAAUGAGUGAUUUCUCAGCUUCAGAUCCCAGAGCAGUUUUAAGUGUUUCUCCACAGACGUGGUUGACUGAAGGAGAUCCAGUGACUCUGAUCUGUGAGGUUAGCGGCUCCUCUACAGGCUGGACAUUCAGCUGGUUCACUGAUACUGGUUCAUCAGACAGAUAUCGUUAUGAUCUGCUCUCAGACAGCAGCAGAGGAGCUGGAGGAAACUACACUGUCAGUUCUGCUGCUCUAAAACACACAGGAGUUUAUGUGUGUGGAGCAGAGAGAGGAGAACCAGCCUAUUACACAACCAUCAGCAACACACAGUUAAUAUGGGUCACUGGUGUUUCUCCUCCAGUCUCUCUGAUCGUCAGACCCAACAGAACUCAACACUUCAGAUCUGACUCUCUCUCUCUGAGCUGUGAGGACCAGAGUAACUCUACUGGAUGGACAGUGAGAAUAUACAGAGACAGCUGGGGGCUGGAAGAUUGUUCAUCAUUACGUCGAGGAUCACAAACAGAAUCUACAUGUACAAUCAGAGACACCAGCACAGAGGACACUGGAGUGUACUGGUGUGAGUCUGAAUCUGGAGAGAAAUAUCAUCCUGUUAAUAUCACUGUACACUCUGGUGUGAUUCUGGAGAGUCCUGUUCAUCCUGUGAUUGAAGGAGAAACUCUGACUCUACGCUGUUUAGAUCGACACACAACUCCACCAAACCUCAGAGCUGAUUUCUAUAAAGAUGGGUCACUCAUCCAGAGUCAAACUACAGAGAUGAUCAUCUCUACUGUCUCAAAGUCACACGAGGGUUUCUACUCCUGCAAACACCGAGAGAGAGAGUCACCCAAGAGCUGGAUCUCAGUCACAGCGUCUCAUUCAGGAUCUCAGAUCUCUGUCCUCCACACACUCAGUUCUGUUCUGGCAGUUUCUCCAUAUCUGCUAGUGACAGUCGUGCUGAUUUUCAAAUGCUGCAGGAUGAGAGCUGCAUCUGUUGAAGAGCAAGAAACUGCAAUCUGAUCUUAAUCUGUAUUGAUGGUGAGAGAACUUCAUCCUGGAUUCUCUCAGUAUCUCAGUUCAGACUGAACAUGAUUACUUACUGUAAAAGUCAUGUUUUGGGAGAGACUCCAUUUGGCGUCUAACAGUUGAAAUCAUAAUAAUAAUAAUAAUAAAGGCUGUUGUAUACAUAGUUAAUUUUUUCUGCUUUAUCAUCAUAAUUAGGGGUGUGCGAUAUUGUUAAAAAAAAAAAGGUUAUAUCUCUAUUUGCUGGGUGAGUGAGUUGUGUAUACAAGGUGUCGUAUUGGACAUACUAGAUUAACUCAUGAACAUUUAUUGAUUGACGAAGAAGCACCCAAAUGUCAAUACUGCAGGACCCACUUGACGGUGAAACAUGUGCUUUUGGUCUGUGCACAAUAUUUAAUGUCAUGAGACGAAGGUUAUUAUCAGGACAAACUCUAAAGGACUUGUUUUAGAAGAUGGACCCAGAAAAACUUUUACAAUUUCUUUCAAAAGUAAAUUUAAAGGAUCUUUUAUAGAAUUGUAUGUACAAAACAUGCAUUGUUUUUUGUAUGUUGUAUUGUGUACUAUUGUAUUGUCAUGUGUUUGUCAUGAAACAGCCUGUGAAACUGAUGGCAAUAAACUUAAAUCAAGUCAA